AUGGAAGACGACGAUAUGGAUGCGUCGCUUGAUGGGCCCAUGUCCAAGCGUGCGCUUGCAAAACAGCUCCCCCUCAACAGAAAGCGCAGCGACAAAGGGUUCACAUAUCUGAAGAAUAGUACGUCUGAACCGCUUCCAAAGUGGACCUCGCUGCUUGUGGCGUCAGCCUUACCCGUCGACCGUUCUUUGCCCCGCGGCCAAACAAUCGAAUCCGAGAAGAAGAUUGAUAGAAUUGAAGACCGCUUAGCUGGUAUUGAGAAUGUUCUUGCCAGUCUCGCAACGAAACUCGGCAGUCUGGACCUCCAGAAAGACUCGCAUGAAUCCAGCAGCCAAUCGCGGUCGAGCCGAGUUGGCCCUUCAAGGAGUCCUGGAAGUGUCCUCGUCGAAGCCCCCACACCCGCGCCAUUCGAGGGCGAGAGUUCUAUCAAUAGCCAGUCAGACUAUGCUCGCGAGAUGCUGGCACGAGCGAUCGGGAGUACACCCUCUAUUGGACAGAAUGAAGAAGUCAAGUUGGCACUUACUGCUCUUUCGGAGAUGGUCUCUCAGCACGGCCAAAACCCUGCAACUUCCAACCCCUUGAUCAACCAGUCACUUGUCGAUAUUGACCCAUCGAAGCUGGAACGACCGCCUUGGGAAACUGCGUGCUAUGCUUUGGAGAAAGCUAGUGAAUAUCCAACUAUGGCCUUCGCAGUGGUGUUUCCGUUCUUGAGAAUGGCCAAUCUCAAAGACAUCUUCUAUGAUGUGUAUCAUAACCCAGAAACUUGUAGCGCCGCUCGCCGUGUGCUCACGUUCGGCGUGUUGGAGAACGUGUUCAACGAAUUCCGGACCUUGCCACUGGUCAAUAUGGACACCGCCAACUAUCAAUCGUACGCCAUCAUAAGUCGCAGGCAAACAGAGGUAGCACUGUCGCAGCUGGCUAUAUUCUUACCCGCAACUUUCGAGAACAUCAUGGCUUUGGUACUUGGCGCUGCGCAGGCGCAUCGAAUCAACACUAUGAUAGACGACAAUCCCGAAGACAGACAGACGAAGAUCCAUAUCUUUUGGAUGAUCUACAUGCUUGACAAGACGCUUUCGCUACGUUUGGGCCGCUCAAGUAUCCUCCAGGACUGGGACAUAUCGUUACCAUUUGUACUAUCCAGCGACAAGCACGCCGAAUCAAGCGCCUUCUUGUCGUACUGGAUUAAGGUUGCGCGAGUCCAGGGCCUGACAUACGAGAAGCUAUUUUGCCCUGCCGCCUUUGCAAAAUCGACGGAAGAGCGCACGCGAAUCGCGAUCGAACUUGUCAACAGUCUUAACCAAGCCUGGUACGAGCGUGGGGAUGCGUCGAUCGUCGACUUUUCGCAGCAAGGCCAAACAUAUCAUCUCGGUACGCCGAGAUCGAACAAAAUAGGCAACAGUCCAAAUGAGACACCACUCCCGUCUCAAUACAAGCGCUAUGUGCACAAAUCUCUGGGUAAAGAAGGACCAGAAGUCAACGAAUACGUUCAGGGCUCUUUCGAGAGAGUCCAAGACAUCUUCUUCCACUCCGAUGUCGUCAUGCACUAUUCCACCUGUGCGCUCAUACAGCGCGCGGUCAGUCCAGGAAAUAUGAGCUUUAAUCAGGAGUGCCUCGAAUCCUCGAGAGCGGCCCUUGUCGCCCAUAUGAGGGCUAGUGCACAGUUCAACAAAAAGGGCCAGGAGGACUUCUGGUCGGGAUAUGUACACUGGUCGGUUCUUCAGGCACCGUUCACACCUUUCAUCGUGAUAUUCUGCCACUCCAUCCAAAAGGCCGAUACGUCCGACGUUGAGCCAGAUCUAAACUCCCUUUCCGAGUUUGUCGGCAGCCUGGAAUCUUGCCGCACGAUUUCCGAAGGCGCAGACAAGCUCUACAAGAUGUGCCAUCUUUUCCUACGAGUUGCCAGGCUCUACGUCACAGCUAAGAAACAGGAUGCUGCGUCAAGAUCACGGGGAAUUAUGCAAAAUAACCAGUCAGGGUAUUACACGACCGUUGAUGGCACGCAGCUGGACCUCAACGCAAUGUCUCAGUUCGAUCCGUAUCUUAGUGCGCUUGGAUUGAUGCCUGAUAUCGCAUGGCCCACGACAUAUCCCAACGCUUCGACUGCAGCCACAACGACCGCGUUUGAGCAAGGCGAGGCGAUGAAUAACAUGGAUGCCGUUGGUUCGUCAGGCUUCGGAUUUGGAGCGUCUCAGGGAAAUUCCAAUCCCAUGCAGGACUGGUUCUCCGGCUCACGCUAUCUCAUGAACCUUAUGGAGCCAGGCGACGAUCUACAAAUGCCGGAUCUAGACCUUUAA